CCUUUCGUUUGGCUCGUAAUAUUUAUUACGAAUUACUUUCACUGUAAGCGGGCGGCGUCAAGUGAGCAAGCGUACGAGCAAACAAACAAGUAAGCAAGCAAGCAGCAAAGCAACAACACGUUAAGACUUCCUGUUCUUACAACACCUGUCUUCUGCAUUUUUAUUUUUAACUUAUUUAAACAUUAAUUGCAUUCAACGUAUUAGCUUUGUAAACGUCAUAUAUUCAGGUAUUCAGAGAAUUCUCACUGGGUUAAUAUUAGUAAGUAAAGCGAGCAAACAUUCUUUCAGCAUGUGAAAGUAUACAUAUGCAUGUAUGUAUAUUGGAUGUAUUUAUAUCGUAAUUUUUGCACAAUUACUUUGUAAAAAUAAUUAAUUACACAUUUCAAAUCAUCAACAUGACUGACUCGUCUUAUAUAAACGUUGUUAAAUGUUGAUGUUAUUAUUCAAUUGUAACACAAUCUUCAACAAAGUACCACCACCAACAACCGACAUGAGUAAAUUCUUAGUGAUUUUUUUGAUUGUUCUCGUUUUGGGUUUCUCGGCAUCUUUGCCACAGAUAGAACAUGGUUCUUUAAAUGGACCUAGUGGUCGUUUUGAGCGUACAAAAAAUCAAGCUGCUCCUCCUGUAGAUCUCAGUUUACCUCCUAUAUUCUUACCAGAAUCCAUUCCCAUACAUGAGGAUGUUAAAGAAUUUCAUGAAAGUUAUUAAUUUAUAAAUUUUACAGUUAUACGCUCGUUGUUAAUUUAAAUUAUUAGUAAAUUAAAUCCAUAGUUUAAGGAUAAAUAUAAUAUUAUUAAUAAAUAUAAUAAAAUUAUUAUGAAA